UCUAAGGCAAACCGAGCCUCUCAGCCUACCUCAUCAGCACACAGGCUACUUUCAUGUAGCCUCUGCUCCGGAUUUUAAACCUUUUACCGACUUCUGAGGAUUUUUCUCGGACUUUUCGAGUGUGCGCUGCAGUGCGGAAAUCUGAUUGAAACCACACAGAAGCAGGCAGUACCAACCACAGGCAUCGAGGUUGUGUGUGUGUUUUUUUUCCUCCCUCCCUCUUCGGCUGUCUCCGGAUCUGCUCAGUUUCCCUGUUUGUGUGCAAAAGAAGCUCUGCGGGCUCAAGUUACAUUUUGCAGCAACAGCAACAAUGUAUCAAGCCGUGAGGAAGUUUGUGUUUACGGACUGUCGGUGUGCAGAUGAUGCGUCCAAAACGUACGAGGAGCUGUUUGCCAAGUUGGACACUAACAAAGAUGGUAAAGUGGAUGUGUCCGAGCUGAAGGCAGGCCUGGCUGCCAUGGGCAUCAAGUCCGGGAAGGGAGCAGCUCAGAAAAUUGUUUCCUCUGGAGACAAAGACCAGGAUGACGGACUCGACUUCAACGAGUUCUCCAAGUACCUGAAGGAACAUGAGAAGAAAUUACGACUGACCUUCAAGAGCCUGGACAAGAAUAACGAUGGUCGAAUAGAUUACGCAGAAGUGAAGCAGUCACUGGCUGAUCUGGGAGUGAACAUCAGCAAGGAAGCUGCAGAGAAGAUCCUUCGAAGUAUUGAUGCGGACGGUACCAUGACUGUGGACUGGAAUGAAUGGAAGGAGCAUUUUCUCUUCAACCCAGCUACCAACCUGCAGGAGAUUAUCCACUACUGGAAGCACUCCACGGUGCUCGACAUUGGUGACAGCCUCACCAUUCCAGACGAGUUCACAGAGGAGGAGAAGACGACUGGUGUGUGGUGGAAGCAGCUGACGGCGGGGGCGAUGGCGGGCGCCGUGUCCCGCACAGGCACCGCCCCGCUGGACAGAAUGAAGGUCUUCAUGCAGGUGCAUUCAUCUAAGAGCAACAAAAUCAGCCUGGUUGGUGGUUUCAAGCAAAUGUUAAAAGAAGGAGGUCCGACUUCUCUGUGGAGAGGAAAUGGCAUCAAUGUCCUGAAGAUCGCCCCCGAGACGGCCAUUAAGUUCAUGGCCUAUGAGCAGUAUAAGAAGCUGUUGGCCAGUGAUGCAGGGAAGAUCGAGAUCCAUGAAAGGUUUAUGGCUGGAUCUCUGGCUGGAGCCACAGCGCAGACUGCCAUCUACCCCAUGGAGGUGCUGAAAACCAGGCUGACCUUGAGGAAGACCGGGCAGUACUCCGGCAUGUACGACUGUGCCAAGAAAAUCCUCAAGAGGGAAGGAGUGAAGGCAUUUUACAAGGGCUACAUUCCAAACAUGCUGGGCAUCAUUCCCUACGCUGGAAUCGACCUGACUGUGUAUGAGAGCUUGAAGAACUUCUGGCUGUCCCACUAUGCCAAAGACACGGCCAACCCUGGAAUUUUUGUGCUGCUGGGCUGCGGUACCAUCUCCAGCACCUGCGGCCAGCUGGCCAGCUACCCUCUGGCUCUGGUCCGCACCAGGAUGCAGGCGCAAGCUUCUGUUGAAGGCUCGGAGCAGCUGCCAAUGGGCCGUUUGGUGAAGAAGAUCUUGGAAAAGGAAGGCUUCUUUGGACUCUACCGUGGCAUCCUGCCCAACUUCAUGAAAGUCAUACCAGCAGUCAGCAUUAGCUACGUGGUGUACGAGUACAUGCGCUCUGGCCUGGGUAUUCAGAAGUAGGGAGUCAUGUCUGGAUGUGUGUAUCUGUGAGUGUGCAUGAUAUGAGGAUGUUCGCCAAUGUUACUUCAAAAACAUUUCCAUUGUAAUGUAUCGGGGGAUUUGGUCUGUAAAGAAGUUUUGUUUUUUUGUUUUUUUUACCAGUAAGUCACCAAAGUUUGGUCUUGUAGAAGUCUCACUUUUAACAUGAAUGCAGGACUUUGGAUGCACUGCUGCCCCAUUUGGUUGGAAAAUCCUGCUGUUCUAAGAAUGAUACAGGAUAGUGGGACUUCUACAAUGUUUACCGCUGAGUAGUGUUUGCACAAACAUUGCACUGACCAUUGCACACACUCCUUUUACUGCACUGUCAGGUGUAGGAUUUUAGAAGGGUUUGAGUCAACUGACUUUACAUUUAAUAAACCAAAUAAGGGGAUUUUCUAAUUUGAAGACCAAAAACAAUGCUGGAGACAAAUCACGGUUUUCACAUGUAGACUGAAUAGAACUGUCAGCAUGUCUGUCAGUCUUACUGUCACAUGUUAAAUUUGGGUUGUGUUAUCUCACUUCAUUAGAGAUGUGUCACAUGGGCAAAAAAAAUCUCCUAGGUCUUUAGUUUACCAUUAAGCACUGACUCUACAGCAUAUUUAAUGAUCAUAAUGUUAAAGUCAAACUUCUGUCAACAAACUAACAGUUUUACCAGUGUAUAAUCUGCACCUGGAAAGGUGGAAUUAGAGUUAAAAUCUGUUUUAUUUGAAUAAUUUGUCAGAUUGAUCCUUAUCAAAGGGAAUACGUGGACAUGUAAAGGUUUAAUCUGUUGUUUCAGUGCCUCAUUUGACACAUGAUGUUAUACACGUUUAUGUUGGCACUUAACCAAGCCACCACUCUCUGUCGGGGUUGACGGAGAAACUGGUUACCCAGUCUAACCCAACAGGAAAAGACCUGCCCUACCUUUUGUGCCCUAGUCACACACACACAUUCUGAAGUGAGAUAACACACCCGAAUAGAAAACAUCACAGUAUUCAUUUAUUUCCCCAAUAUUCGUCCAGGUCUGUUCACUCUACCAGAUUAUUCACGAUGUAAAAGAGGUCCCUAAUGAGUGGGGAGGUGUUUCAGAUAGAAAUCUGAGAAAACAUCAAGUGCAAUAUUGUGUUCACAAAUUGAGCGUUCACAUUAUGUUGUAUUGGAAACUGAUAUGUCCUUGUGGGGUUGGAUUUCACCGUUGUUGCUACUGGUCACAAGGAGGGUCUCUUUUGUUGUUGAGAGAGUUUGACAGCAGGUUAUUUUGCACAUUUCAAUGAGGUUGGUGAGCAUGGGAAUAUGUGCCUUAUGUAGUUUCUCUCAGAUAUCUGUGGGCUUCUCCACCGUCCCAUGCCUUUUGCCUUUCUUUCCAAAGUUUUGUUAAGUAGAUACUGGGGUUUACAUUAAUAAAAGCAUUUGAAUACA